CGACUGUCAUGUACAGUUCAAUGCUGGCGGAACCACUUCCUUUCCUUUUCUAGUUUUGUUGUGCUACGAAUCAAACAUGCCUAAAGCACGCAAGGAGAAAGUUAGCGCAGUCCAGGUUUUCGGACGCAAGAAAACUGCCACCGCCAUUGCGUACUGCAAGCGCGGAAAGGGAUUGCUGCGUGUGAAUGGCCGUCCGCUCGAUCAGAUUGAGCCGAAAAUCCUUCGCUACAAGCUGCAGGAACCGCUGCUGCUGCUCGGCAAGGAAAAGUUCGCCGGUGUUGAUAUCCGCAUUCGCGUGAGCGGUGGUGGACAUGUCGCCCAGAUCUACGCGAUCCGUCAGGCCAUCUCGAAGGCGCUGGUUUCGUUCUACCAGAAGUACGUCGAUGAGGCGUCGCGUAAGGAACUGAAGGACAUCCUGACGCAGUACGACCGAACGCUGCUCGUUGCGGAUCCGCGUCGCUGCGAACCGAAGAAGUUCGGUGGUCCAGGUGCCCGUGCCCGCUACCAGAAGUCGUACCGUUAAGGAAUU